AUGUCCUUUCAGCCGAACCCCAGACCAAUCUUCACGGGCUACAGGCCGCCUCGCUUGUAUACAGAGCUCAGGGUCGGCAGUGGUCGUGUCAUUCCCACAGAAUUCAUUCCUCCAAGCCCAGAUGAUACGCCGCGAUCAUUGUUCCCCCAUUGCUCUAAAGUGACAGUGGCCGAGCGAGUCCAUCGAUUCAUUCGCAUCACCCCCAACAACCGAUCCGUUGAGAACGAAUUCCUCAUCUAUACGGACGGUGCAUGCUUCGAAAACGGCAGUAUAAACGCCAAAGCAGGAUGUUCCUUUGUUUUCAACGAUUCUACAUCCGGCUUCGCACGCUUCGCUCUCGAGUACAAAGGACCCACAGGUCAACAGCACAUGCAGACAAACAACCGCGCUGAAAUCCGCGCCAUCAUUGCAGCGCUGCGAUAUCGAGACUGGGCUGCGGAAGGAUUCACUCGUUUGGUUAUUGCAACAGACUCGAAAUAUGUGGUCGAGGGCAUCACGAGCUGGAUAUGGGAUUGGCUGCGGUGGGGUUGGGUCACGACUGCCGGGGAACCGGUUAGGAAUCGAGAUCUGUGGGAGUGUCUUCUUGGGGAAGUGGAAAUGUGGCAAGAGAGAGGGUUGACUGUUCAGUUCUGGUGGAUUCCGAGAGAGUUGAACAUGAAGGCGGAUCGUCAUGCUAAAUCGGUGGCACUUAUGGAGAGACAUGUUCUCUUUACCGAUAUCCCUGGUAUCGUCUAG